UUUGCUUCUUUGCUUGGAAUUGGAAACCGACUACAGACACAGACAGACAGAUAGUAGGAAAAACUUGCGAAGUCAUUAAAGAUUUAAAUACUAUUUAUGCUUUUAUUGUAAAUUUGGUUGGAUACAAUCUUCAAUAAUGUCACGAGGAAGUAGUGCUGGAUUUGAUAGGCACAUCACAAUAUUUUCUCCUGAGGGAAGACUCUACCAAGUUGAGUAUGCUUUCAAAGCCAUAACGCAAGGAGGUUUGACGUCUGUUGCUUUUAAAGGAACUGACACUGCAGUUGUUGCUACUCAAAAGAAAGUUCCGGACAAGUUGUUGGACCCUGCCACUGUUACUCACCUGUUCAAGCUGACCGAUAGCAUCGGCUGUGUGAUGACAGGAAUGCUGGCGGACAGCAAGUCUCAAGUUCAGAGGGCUCGCUACGAAGCUGCCAACUUCAGGUACAAGAACGGCUAUGAAAUGCCCAUAGACAUGUUGUGUCAUCGAAUGGCAGACAUAUCCCAGGUGUACACGCAGAAUGCUGAGAUGAGACCCCUUGGUUGCAGUAUGAUGCUGAUUGGAAUCGACAAGGAGAAAGGGCCACAGGUAUACAAGACGGACCCAGCCGGAUACUUCUGCUCAUACCGGGCCAUCAGUGUUGGCGCCAAGCAGACCGAGGCUAACAGCUACUUGGAAAAGAAGCUCAAGAAGAAACAGGAGUACACCGAGGAUGAGGCCAUUCAGUUGGCAAUCUCCUGCUUGUCCUUUGUCUUAUCUGUAGACUUCAAGCCUUCCGAGAUAGAGGUUGGAGUCGUCACCAAGAACAAUCCUAAGUUCAGGAUUCUCAAUGAAAGCGAACUUGAUCGGCAUCUGACUACUAUUGCAGAGAAGGACUAAUUUCCGUUAUGUAUUUUUAUGUAUUUUGGUACUUUGAUGAAUAAUAAGGCAAUUAAUAAAUUAAA